AUGCCAGCAUCUAUUAAGGAACACCCCAUGUCUUUAAAAGAGGUAGAACCCGUUCCUAUCACUUCAGCACCUUUAAAAAUGGACUCUAUCGGUAAAGCUACCACAACUAACAGGUACACAUCUAAAAGUGAAAAUUCUAACAACAAAGGUAACAUUUAUUUUAAAAAGAAAAUCACCCCAAUCUUAUUCAAAAGUUUAAAUUAUCUUCAUAAAUAUUCAGUUAUACCUUUUUCCUUUUAUGCAUCAUUGCAUUUAACUAACGUUAUCGCCACACCAAUAAUAUCCAGAUCUGCACUAUUACUAACCUCUUAUUCAUCCUCCAACCCAGUUUUGGACAACCAUAUUCAGGUUUUAGAUGAUGUUUUGAUGAUGGUGCGUGAAUGUACUUCGUUUAUAACUGCUGAACCAAGCAUUUUAUACAUCACUCUAGGCGUCCAUGUAAUAAGUGGUAUAAUACUAAGAUUUUGGAGAAGAUACAGAAGAUCUAAAUUUAUUAUAAAAAAUCCAAAUGAACAGGCUAGAGCACGUAAAAAGUGGAGGAAAUUAAGUUUCGGCGUGUUGACUGGUUAUUUAUCCGUCCCAUUUUUAACUUAUCACAUUUAUUUAAUGAAAUUCUCCAAGAAAUUAAGCAAUAAUGGCAAUAUCGAUUUUGGUAUUAUCCAUAACUACUUGCAUAAUAAUAAUCGCAUCACUUUUGGGGGUAAAGUGUUGAUUUACGGGUCUUUUAUCGGAAUAAUUGGUUGCGGAUUGUAUCAUAUUGUCCAUGGAUGGUCUAGAUAUUUUUGUCAUAAUAAAUUCCAGCCACAAGUUUUCAAAUCAACGGCCUUUUAUACCACUUGGUCUUUGAUUUUAAGUGGUAUAUUAAGUUUAUUUUUAAUUUAA